UGACAUGUUGUGUGACUUGUAUGAAACCCUGACUAUCACCCAGGCAGUAAUCUUUAUCAAUACCAGAAGGAAGGUGGAUUGGCUCACUGAGAAGAUGCAUGCCCGGGUUUUCACUGUUUCCGCCAUGCAUGGAGAUAUAAACCAAAAGGAACGAGAUGUGAUCAUGAGGGAGUUCCGGUCUGGUUCUAGCAGAGUAUUAAUUACCACUGUCCUGUUGGCCAGAGGCAUUGAUGUGCAGCAGGUCUCCUUAGUCAUCAAUUAUGACCUUCCCACCAACAGGGAAAACUACAUCCACAGAAUCGGUCGCGGUGGUCGCUUUGGCCGUAAAGGUGUGGCUAUUAAUAUGGCGACAGAAGAUGACAAGAGGACUCUUCGAGACAUUGAGACAUUCUAUAACACCUCCAUUGAAGAAAUGCCCCUCAAUAUAGCUGACCUCAUUUGAGGGGCUGUCCUGCUA